AUGGUUACCUCUGAGUCUGGUAUCCAUCAACAUUCCUGGUUAAGAGAACAAUCCCUUCCAGACCACGUUAAAUUUGAGAUUUUAGAUGCUGCUCUAGACGAAGACUUCUUAUUUGAGCAAAUCACUGAAACUGCAUACAAGAAACUGGAAGAGAAAACUAAAUCUGUGCAGACAAUUAAGGACUUUCUGCAUGUUCAGCCUCCCAGGUUUAAUAAAAAUUAUCCCACUAAGUCCUGGUCCUCUACUCCCACACAACAAAAGAGAGAAAAGGGUGUCCAACAAAUUGAAAGACAGAGAACUCCAGAUGCCAAGAAAAGCAGUAAACCUUAUGAAUCCAAACAGUUACUUGUAAUAAGUGAAACAACCCAACAAUAUCUGAUGAGUCGGUGGAUAACCAUCUUCAUCCCUUCUGUUUACACAGCAGUAGUUAUAUUAAGCUUAGUGUUGAACUGCAUUGCAGUCCUUGCAUUCAUUUUGAAAAUGAAGCACAGAAAGCCUUCUGAAGUCUACUUGCUAAAUUUGGCUAUUGCUGAUAUACUGUUUUGCAUGUCUCUUCCCUUUAAAAUAGAUUAUUACUUCUCAGGUAACAACUGGUAUUUUGGUUCAGGAAUGUGUCAAAUUGUGACUGCAGCAUUUUACUGCAACAUGUAUUGCUCAGUAUUGUUGAUUACAUGCAUUGCAGUUGACAGGUUUUUAGCUGUAGUAUAUCCUUUGCGAUCACUAUCAUGGCGCAGCUGUAGUUGUGCAUCUUUCGUAUGCUGUGUCACAUGGAUCCUUGCUAUAGUCAGCACCAUCCCACUAUUCUGUACUGAACAGAUUAGUGAAGUGGUUCAGUUAAACAUCACAACAUGUCAUGAUGUGGGAUCUGUUAAGUUCCUUUCUUAUUAUGGCUAUUACUUUCCAGUAAUUUCUUCUGCUUUCUUUUUUGUGCCUCUGAUUGUUAACUCUGUAUGUUAUACCAGUAUCAUCCGAUGUCUGAUCAAAAAUAAAGUUAGCAAGUGUAAGAGAAAGAGAGCCAUCUUUCUCACUGUCGCUGUUUUCCUAAUCUUUCUUCUUUGCUUUGCACCAGCAAAUUUUCUUCUGAUUAUUAAUUAUAUGGAUUUUAGUGAAUGUCAUGACUCCGUCUACUUCAUUUAUCUUCUCUCACUUUGCAUCAGCAGCCUGAACUGUUGCAUUGACCCAGUAAUUUAUUACUUUGCUUCCUCACAAUGCAGGCAGUUAUUCCAGAAGUGGUUUCACUUCAGAAACAAACAGACAGAUACCACAAUUGAACAAGAAAUAACAAGCCAGACAUCUCUUUCUCUUAUUCAGAAACAUAUUUGAUGUUAUAAAACUUUGUAAUGAAUAAUUUAUCGGCUAUAAAUAAAUCAUCUCAGCCUCCUUAGACCACAUGAGCCCUACUUCUGGAACUGCUAGGAUCUUCACAACCAACCAAAAGUUCAUGUAGUCUGAUUGUCAUCAUUUAC